AUGCACUCGUCCAGGUCCAUGUUCACGUCCCCGCAGCUGUCCAUUGAGGAGCAAGAGAUGCUCGUGCUGGUGGCCACCAAUGCGUUCCGCAACUUCAUCGAAAGCACGCGGCUCAUUGGACCCAAAGGCGCGCUGUUCAAGUCGGCCAGCAACACGUCCAUCAACCUCGCGCAUGCGUCGCUGUUCCACGGGUCCACGAUCGUCAAAGGGUGCACCGUGGGCGACGUUAGUGCGUACCACCUCACGGCCAUGACGUCCACGGAAAGCUACUGCCGCGUCAACCAGUGCAUCGACACCAAACUGCUGUACACGCUUGAAGUGCCAACUCCAGACCACCCGCACCACUACUUGGCCCUGCGGUGGUUUGCCAUGGCGUCGACGGUGCCCAUGGUCAAGCCUCGCGACUUUGUCGUGUUGGAGUACCUCGAUUCAUUCCACGACGCGCACGGCCGCACUGGGUGGGCUCGUUGCAUCCACUCGAUUGAGCACCGUAGCGCGCCGUCGCUUCUGGAAUCCCACGGGUACGUCCGCGGCAACAUCCAGAACUCGGGCAUCGUCGUCUACCACGACGACGUGGACUCGAUUUCCCGAGCCAACAUCAUGCUCCUGUGCGACAAGAAGACGUCCAUGGCGUCCAAACUGUUUGUCAAGUCCAUGAUCCAGGGCAUGUUCAGGCACUUCGACACGCUCAACGAGCGCAUCCAAGUGUACCGGCACUCGAUGCGACUGUCCCAGCGAAGCAGCACCGGGUCCGGCGUCAAUAGAUCGCCACGGUCGCCGUCUUCUCAAUAUGGCGACAACGAGAUCGAGUCGGCAGACCGCGCCAGUCGCAAGCACUGUGUGUUUUGUGCCAAGCGGUUCCAUUUGUUUCGACGACCAGAAUCGUGCGAGACCUGCCACCAAGUCGUGUGUUCGAAAUGCAUGCGUCGGAUCACAAAAGCUUCCAAGCACAAAGUGUGCAUGUCGUGCUUCAUGCAGCAUCAAUGCGGCAACAUGCCCAGCAAUCCAUUCACCGACUGCCUUUGGAUGGGCGACGGGUCGGCGCGGCCGUCGUGGGCUCAGUCCCAGGCGUCGGUUAGUCCGAGCCUCGUGCUGCGAUCGUCGUUUGCGUCGACGGUCGAGCCCGCGUUUCAAUUGUAUGACUAG